AUCUCCAUGUGCAUACCGCUAUAUAAUCAUAUUCCGCUUUCUAUAUUCUUAUCCAAUUUAGUUAUUCAUUCACUCUCUUAUUAUAUAUAUUCACCUUCACAAAAACUCUCCACUAUCAUCUUUCUCGUUAAAUUCUUAAAAACUGUUAUGGAGUUGAUUUCUGGUUUACCGGAAGACAUAGCACGAGACUGUUUGAUUCGAAUUUCGUAUCAUCAGUUUCCGGCUGUAGCCUCUGUGAGCAAAGGCUGGAAAACGGAGAUUCAGAUGUCGGAGUUUCGCCGGUUAAGGAAGAGUAUGGGACAUGCACAGAAAAUCCUCAUCACGGUUCAGUCCAAGUUCGAUUCAGAAAAAAGUAAAACCAGUUCACUGGGAAAGGGUGUUAUGGCCAUGACGAACCCGGUUUAUAAGCUGAGUGUUUUGGAAACUGAAACGGGUGUUUGGAGCGAGUUACCAUUGGGACCCGAGUUAUGUGACGGGUUACCCUUAUUCUGUCAAAUAGCUGGUGUCGGGUAUGAUUUAGUUGUUAUGGGCGGGUGGGCACCCGACUCAUGGAAAGCCUCAAAUUCGGUUUUUAUUUAUAACUUUUUAUCUGGUAUGUGGCGCCGUGGGGCCGAUAUGCCUGGCAGGCCACGCACCUUUUUUUCUUGUGCGUCGGAUCAUGAUCGUAUGAUCUACGUGGCAGGAGGACACGAUGAAGAGAAAAAUGCAUUGAAGUCGGUUUUUGCUUAUGACGUGGCAAGUGAUACGUGGAUGCCGCUUCCUGACAUGGCAAAAGAACGUGACGAAUGCAAGGUUGUGUUCUCUUCCGGAGCAUUUGGAUGUUCCGGGAGGAUUAGAGUUGUCGGUGGAUACCAUACAGAAAUGCAGGGACGAUUUGAACGGAGUGCGGAGGAGUUUGAUAUUGCCACGUGGAAGUGGGGUCCAGUGGUGGAGGAUUUUUUAGAUGAUGCCACGUGCCCGAGGACUUGUGUGGAGAGUUGUGAUAUGGAUGGGAGAAUGUAUAUGUGUAAAAGUGAUGACGUGGUGGUAUUGGAAGGUGACACGUGGAAGAAAGUGGCGAAGGUGCCAAGUGAAAUAAAAAAUAUUGCGUGUUUAGGAGCUUGUGAUGGAGAGUUAUUGUUGAUUGGGUCAAGUGGAUUUGGGAAACCUUGUAUGGGUUUUAUGUUGGGUUUGAAGAGUGGCGUUUGGACUACAUUCGAAUGCCCAAAAAACUAUUCUGGACAUGUUCAGUCUAGUUGUCUUUUGGAGAUUUAGCUUUGUUUAAUGAUAUAUAUUAAUGUAAAAAUGAUGAACAAUUUUGUUUUCUUUGGUUUGGAUACUUGGCUCUAGAAUUUAGAGAAAUUUUAUCUCUUCUAUGUUCUAUGAACGAUUUAUGUGUAUGUGUACAGAAUUUUUUAUAGAGUAAAGUUUAUAUUA